UUGGCUGUCGCAGAAACAUGAAGCACUGAGACGAGAAGAGGAGCAAAGCACUUCUCGUGGAAGAGUUGAAGAAAUUACAGAUACGAGGCAAGGCGAGAGAAGUGUCUGCUGGAAGCAUGGGGUGCAUUCACAGCACGAGCGCCGGCAGGAUGAAGACCCACAGACCUGAUACUGACGCAGGAGGAAUCCCCAUAAAGGCGGACCCUGAGGUGCAUCCUGAAAUCCUUCAACUUGCUGAGCUCGCCAAAGCAGGGAGCCACGCCUUCACGGAGAAGAGCUUCAAGAGGAAACGGGUGUGUGACGUGUGCAAGCAGAACAUCGACAACCCUGGGGCUUUCUGUAAGGAGUGCAAGGUUGCUGUUCACAAGACAUGUGAAGCCAAGGUGACUCCCACCUGCACCUCAACAUCAGACCUGCACGGCUCCACUAAAUCUACACCGCAGAAGAAGAGAGGCUCCGUUCCAAGGAGUAAAAGUGUGGAACAAGUGAUGGAGCAUGUGAUGGAGCACCACUAUGACUUUGACCUCACCUACAUCACGGAGAGGAUCAUCUCCGUCUUCUUCCUGCCGGACCUGGAGGAGCAGCAGUACCGCAGAAACCUACAGGAAGUGGCCUCCAUGCUGAAAUCCAAGCACCAAGACAAGUUCUUGCUCCUGAAUUUAUCAGAGAAGAGACAUGACAUCACAAGACUUAACCCAAAGGUGCAGGACUACGGCUGGCCUGAUGUUCACGCCCCACCCCUGGACAGGAUCUGUGCUGUUUGUAAAGCCAUGGAGACCUGGCUGACCUCUGACCCCCACAAUGUGGUGGUCCUCCACUGCAGGGGAAACAAAGGGAAGACCGGGGUCAUUGUGGCAGCCUACAUGCACUACAGCAAGAUUUCAGCUGGAGCGGACCAGGCUCUCACCACUCUCGCAAUGAGAAAGUUCUGUGAGGACAAAGUCUCGUCUUCACUACAACCCUCUCAGAACAGGUACAUCUACUACUUUGGCGGGUUGCUGUCAGGUACCAUUAAAAUGAACAGCAGUCCUCUCUUCCUGCACCAGAUCCUCAUUCCAUCACUACCAAACUUCCAGACGGGAGGAGGUUACUAUCCAUUCCUGAAAAUCUACCAGUCUCUACAGCUCGUCUACACUUCAGGCGUCUAUGAUCCCCAGAGCUCCAGGGCAAGGAAGCUGUGUGUGACCAUGGAGCCAGCGCUGUUAUUAAAGGGGGACAUUAUGGUGAAGUGCUACCACCGGCGGAGUCGAGCAGCAGAGAGGGAGGUGGUGUUCAGAGUCCAGUUCCACACCUGCACUGUCCACGGAGCCCAGCUGUGGUUUGGAAAGACUGAACUGGACCUGGCCUGCACAGAUGACAGGUUCCCUCCAGAUGCUACAGUCGAAUUUAUCUUCUCCAACGGGCCAGAAAAAAUGAAAGGUCGAGAAUACCGCAAGAAUGACGCCUCCAUCAAAGUGGACUACAACACAUCGGACCCUGUGGUCAGAUGGGAUUCUUAUGAGAACUUCAACCUGCACCACCAAGACAGCAUUGAAAAUAUCCCUCACACGAGGGGCCCUCUGGACGGCAGCCUGUACGCCCAGGUGAGGAAGCGCCGUGGGCCAGGCUCGACUGCCUCAGCUGCGUCGCCCAAUGGAUGCCUCACUAGCAGCCCUACAGUCAAGCUUCAAACUCCAAGCCAGCCCCAGCCUCUCACCUACACCUCUGACUCUAACCGAUUGUCAGUCGCCUCCAAUCACCUGGAAGACGCCUCUCCGUCCAUAAACCGCCCAGAGAGAGAAAACAUUGACAGCCCGUCGAGAAGAGGAGAUGGAGAAGAUGGAGCAAAGGAGAAAAGAAGAGGGAAAGAAAAGGAUAGAGAGACAGCAAUUUUAGAUGAUGGGGACCCGCCGAGUCCCGGGGGUUUAAGGCGAGAGCACUCAUGUUGUGGUCGAACAGGUGCAAAGUGUGGCGAUGGCGGAUGGGAGAGGGAGCCCUGCUUUUCUGACAGUCAUUGUCUCGGCCGUUGCAACAGCGUUAAAAAGAAUCCAAAAAGCCAAACACUGCCAGCCUUACCAUCCAAAUCUAUGUCCCCACCUCCUCAUUCAACUCAUAUGGAACUCUGCCAUCGACAUAGUGCUCAUCCUUUACCAGAGUUACCAUGGGAACGUCCACCUCCUCCUCCGCCCCUGCCCUGUCUCCUCAGGCCUUGCUACCCUUAUUCCACCCCUGAACACACCCACCCACAUAGCCACACCCUCCCAGCCUUAAACAGACUCUGCACCGGGGAAGAGUGUCACCUCCUCCAUUAUUCCAGCCACAAUCCAGCCUCUCAUCUCUCCCAUCAAUCUCUGCCCUCUAGCCCUUACAGGGAAAUGUUCUUCAGCUCCCCAGCACCGUCCUCUGGUUGUCCCUGUCGGGACUGCUCCAGUAGGCGAGAGCACCAAUCAGCCUCAGUUCGAGCAUUCCACCCAUUGCACCCCAACCAAUCAGAAAACCUGCACUGGUCUCAAGGAGCAGGGGUACAACGAAUGAGAGAGGUGCCUCCGCUAUGGGAAACUGAAAAUCCAUGGGAGGCGGCACGAGAGGCAGAGUUCUGGCAGUGCAAAUCAGCCAUGCCGGCAUUUCGUGCUCACACCAGUUUGGAUCAGAGUCCUAAUCCAGAUCCUAGAUAUGCCAUUGGACCUCAUCAGGGCUACCCCAGCCCCCAGUCUCUGAUGGAUGUGCGGGAUGGAGCCAGCAGUGGGUAUCACACCCCUCCACAGCCCCGCCACUCCUGUCCCUGCUCUCCUUAUCAGUCAUCCCCAGCCGAGAGCCAUGAGAGCCGGGGUUACGCCUCAGGGUACCACUCUGGAUCAGCCUCGCCUCUGCCUGCCAGUAGCCCCUCUCCUGGAAGAGGGAGGCUGCCUGAGACUCCCUCUAGAUCUAAAGACCAGCACCACACUGAGCAUCACAAAGUCGAACAGGUUAAGGCUGACACAGAGGACGACAUAUCCCAGGGUUCAGAGGGUAAAUCGGACUCUAAUGGCCAAUCAAGCACCCCUGGACUGGACUCUGAUCAAGACUACACCAUCAUUGGUAGCAGCAGCCCUACACACACAGAAGACAGUGUUACUGCUGAUAGUCCUCCUCAAAGCCAAGACACCCCUACACAUCUGGAGUCUGGCACAAAUAGCAGCAAAGCCAUCACACCCGUACCAAGAGAAACCCAAAGCCCCAACACAUCCUUAAGCGCCACACAACCAUCAGGUGAGCAGAGUUUAAGCUCUGACGGUAAGCCUGGAGCAACCCAGAUCACAGGAGGUUCAGAGGGAUCUAACCAAUUACAGGCCUCAAGCUAUGCCACUGUCAUCAUCACGCCAGUCCAAGUGCAACUGAAUGGCUCUGCCCUGCCUAGCGAUACCCCAUCUGACAGCAGCAGCGGUUUGUCCAUGAACCCUUGUGCCAGUCUCAGCUCUAGCCCUUCCACCACUUCUCCAAAUUCUCCUAUUGGCUCACCGGACCUUCAGUGUUCUCCCCAGCGCUCCCCAUUAGCUACAGACGCAGCGGUGCAAAGACUGACUCCAGAAAGAGACACCUCAACAGACACCAAACCACCGUCACCUGUGCCUGAUGGAUAUCAUACACCAACCUUCCCCUUAGCUUCUUAUUACUACCCAUUACUAAACGUCCCUCAUGUACCGUACACUGGGUACACUGCAGUCACCAUCCCCGCCUUCCAACCGCCGCUACCUGAGAAGAAAAGGCUUUCGUCAACGCCUGGAUCCCUAAACGGACACAACUCUCUUCUCCGGGCCUCCUCAGCUCCUUCCCCCACGCACCAUGUUAGUUUCUCCCCGUCUGUGGGAGAGCAGAGACGGGGGUCUUCAAACAGCUGUAGGGAGGACGCAGACAUCCGGGUCAAUGCUAAGUUUGUCCAGGACAGCUCCAAGUACUGGUACAGACCGGGCAUCACCAGAGACCAAGCCAUAGCUGUUUUAAAGGACAAGGAGCCAGGAACUUUCCUCAUCAGAGACAGUAACUCCUUCCAGGGGGCUUACGGCCUGGCUCUCAAGGUGGCCACGCCGCCUCCCAAUGCCAACAUCACUGGCAGCAAAGGGGACCCUCUGGAACAGCUGGUGAGACACUUCCUCAUCGAGACCGGGCCACGGGGAGUGAAGAUCAAGGGCUGUCAGAACGAGUCCUACUUUGGAAGUUUAUCCGCUCUGGUAUACCAGCAUUCAAUUACUCCCAUCUCACUGCCAUGUGCACUUCGCAUCCCAGAAAAAGAUCUGGUCGGGGAGCUUCAGGAGAUGCAGAGCGCAACAAACACCAGCACAGCGGCUGACCUCCUCAAACAAGGAGCAGCUUGCAACGUGCUCUACCUGAACUCUGUGGAAACCGAGUCGUUAACAGGCCCUGAGGCAAUCUCAAAGGCAACCAAGUGCACUUUGGCCCUGAGUCCACGUCCGGUGGCAACGGUGGUCCACUUCAAAGUGUCUGCUCAGGGCAUCACUCUAACCGACAGCAAGAGGAGGCUUUUCUUCAGGAGACACUACCCAAUCAACAGUGUGACUUUCAGCAGUCUCAACCCCCAAGACCAGAGGUGGACUAAUUCUGAUAGCACGUCAAGCAAGAUGUUUGGCUUCGUGGCGAGGCGGACAGGUAGCGCUACAGAGAACGUGUGUCACCUGUUUGCAGAGAUGGACCCCGAGCAGCCAGCUGUGGCUAUUGUCAACUUUAUCAAUAAAGUCAUGCUGGGACCGCAGCUACGCAGAUGAGAGAGCGGGAGAAUCUGAAAACUCUGGACUAUCGGAGAGCUGAUGUUAAUAUGAUUUUUAAUGACGUAUGACCGUGCUGGGCUGUAUGACUGUUUCUAUAACAGAAUCCAUUUUUGACAGAUCACUCCUCUGUAGGGCAAAGUUAUUAUGUUUAUAUGUCAGUUUGAGAGGAAUUGUUUGAUGAGGCAGAGACUGACUUAAAUUUGGUAAUUUUUGCCAAAUAAGUUUGAAAUAAA